AUGUCUGCUGAGUAUCUAGCCAGACAGCGCCGGCGAAGAGUAAAACUCCAGUUGUCAUGUUAUCCAUGUCGCAAGCGAAAAGUGCGAUGCGACCGGAAUAAACCGUGUGAAAACUGUACUCGGCGCGGUGAAGUUGCCGGCUGUACAUAUGCUACAUCUUCUGUCACUACUCCUCGGCCAUCCCAGUCCGAUAACGUCCAGGAUAGGAUCGGCCGCUUGGAGAAUGUUGUUGGCUCACUAGUCCGAGAAUUAAGCUCUCCGGUGGCCAAUCGAACGACGGUGGAUAUUCCGUCACCAUUGGACACUACUCAACAGCCCAUCGAAAACUCCGUUGGGCGCAUCCAAGUGAAGCAGAAUGAAACAAACUAUGUGGGAAGUGAGCAUUGGGCUGCGAUUGCUGAUAAUCUGCCAGGUGGCCAAAAGACCAAUAUUGAGCAGUCAUCGCAGUUUCCCGACCUUCUCCUCGGGCUGCGCACUGGUUCAACAUUCAAGAGCAUGUUAGCUUCAGUUCCCCCAAAGAAUGAGGUGGAUAGGUUGAUUUCGAAAUAUUUCAACUCACUGGACCUAGCUGAAUUGGUCACCCACGCACCGACGUUUCAAAAAGAAUACGAGAAUUUCUGGGACAGUCCGACUACUGUUAGUCUCAACUGGCUCAGUAUCCUCUUUAGUAUGAUGUGCCUGGCCACCGACAUCCUAGUGCAAUGCGGCGAACAGAUGGCCCGCGAUGCCUCCAAGCCUCAAGAAUCCGUCACACUAUUUCGUCAAUGCAGCGCACAAUGUCUUAUCUUGAGUGACUAUACCAAACCUAACAAUCACACGAUCGAUGCACUCCUGUUAUACUUUUUUUGCGAGCUAUUACGAUUUCAUGAUACCCAUUUUGGACUUUACCUCGCCCUGUCUAUGAUAGUUCGUGUUGCUAUGAGAAUGGGUUAUCACCGCGACCCAUCACACUAUUCCAACAUUUCCAUCUUCGCAGGCGAGCUGAGACGGCGAGUCUGGGCCCUUUUGGCUCAAUUAGAUAUCCUUGUGUCGCUUCAGAUAGGCCUGCCCCGACUAAUCCAUGAACAUGAUUCCGAUACAGCGUCGCCUCGAAAUAUUCCAAAAGAAGAGAUGGACCCAGAAAUGACCACACUCCCACCAUCGCGGCCUGAGUCCAAUGGCGCGGUCCUGUCCUAUAUGAUAAUGAGGAUGAGGUUAAUGUCCGUACUGGGACGAAUUCAUUGUCACGUUACAUCUAUCCAUCCACUUUCCUAUGACACCGUUAUUCAGCUUCAUGAGCAGUUGAACACGCAGUAUGAUUCUUUCCCAUCAAGCAUGAAGGUUCAGAAGAACCCUUCCGUGACCGAUUCGGCGGCUGUAGUGAUGAGACGCCUGUCAUUGGAUCUGCUUUUUCAAAAGGCCCGAUGUGUACUACAUCGGCUGUAUAUGAAACCGCAGAAUCUUUUGUCAUGGGAGACGUGCAUUGACGCUGCGCUGAAAAUCAUCCAUCACCAGUCGUUCGUAUAUCGGGAAUCCCAACCCGGCGGACCAUUGCGGGGGCAUCUAUGGAAAAUAACCUGCGUGGCUACUUAUGACUUUCUCCUUGCCAUUAUGAUUCUCUGUCUUGGGCUCCAAUCCGGACUUGGCUCCGAGUCAGACUCCUCUUCUGCACCUGAUCGGGAUCUCAGCCGUCGACAACCAGAGGCUCUGCUCAGUGCACUGAAGGACUCAUAUGCGAUUUGGGCAGAAUGGAGUAGCGAAAUGAAAGAGUCCAGGCAAGUGGUAGAGAUUGUGAGAAUCAUGUUGGAUCGGGUUAAGGAAAGCGACUUGACAUCUCAUGUCGGAUAUCCGAACAAUGGCACCGAGAACCUCCAAGUCAUUCAGAAUAACGGCUAUUCAGGUGCCGACUCUUCUAUCAAUGACGGUAUAUCCUAUUUCUCAACACCAUCUGACCUAUCGAACGCAAUGAGUAUGAGACCGUUAUCUCUUCAAGCGGAUAACAUAGAAAAAGCCCCUUCUUCCUAUUUAGGGGGCAUCUUCGAUCCAAUGGAUGAAUUUGAUUGGGCAUUAUGGGAUAGCCAUUUGCAGGAAAAUGGCAUCUAUUCGCAGAUUUCAUCCAGCAAUCAUGUGUUUUGA